AUGGAUCACCCCUUCCCGCGACCCUUUCUUCCCGUCUCUUCGGGAUGUUUCUGUCUAGGCUUUUCGUUCAGGCAUACAAGGGGGAACAAGAGUCCGACAUCCAGACCAGGCUCAAACUCAGACUCAAUACCAGACAGACCCGGCAAUGGCCUUGUAGCACCGUUCGUCUCGAACAGAAAUGUCAAAUACUUUUCUUUCCCACUUGCAAGUCGCGCCAAGGCAGGCAUACCCUUUGCCGAUUCUAGUCGGGCUUACCCAUGCCUUGUCUUAUUUGUCAAAAGGUCCGGACGGAGUUGGUUGGAAAAAAGGGGGCAUACAGGGAAAAUCUCCAACGUAAGGAGGACGAAGGAGGGGAGGGAGGUUUACCCGAGUCUACCUACUCUACAGGGUUGCAGCAGUUACAGUGAGUGGUUGAUCAUAGAUCUGUGGCGAGAGAUAAUCAAUGUAGAUCCCCUUGUUUCCUAUACUACAAACUGCCGUUUUGUUUAUAACAUGGUUUUUCUUAGUUCCAAUAUAUUGGCUCAGCUUGUGGCAGUGAACGGUGCUCAGGCAUUGGGAACCUCGCUGCUGUUAUCAGGUACUUCAUACCUAGUACAGCUGGAAAAUAGUAGACGAGGUAAGAGAGAAACAUCACGAGUAGCUGGUUGGUCGCCUCCGGGGGAAGAGGGGAGAAACUGGUGUCCGAUCCGAAGAUAUGCAGGUUUAGAUCCCAUGUGUGCAAAUCAACCUACGGCACUUUAG